CUCACCCUCCAACAUGGCGGCGGCGGUAGAUUAGGGCAGCGGGUCGGAGCAGCCGCCGCCGCUGGGGGACGGACCUUAUUGGAAGCUACUGCCGCCGCUGCCGCCUCUUCAGUCUCUUCAGGGGCAGGGGCCGGGGCCAGGUUUCACGCAUCUAUAAGUAGGCCUCUUUGGAGCUCUGCCAGCCCAUUCAAUGGCGUCCUCUACUGCUGUGCCUCUAGGAUUUCACUAUGAAACAAAGUAUGUUGUUCUCAGCUACUUGGGACUGCUCUCUCAGGAGAAGCUGCAAGAGCAGCCUCUUUCUUCCCUCCAAGGGGUUCAACUAGAUGUAGCUUCACAAUCUCUGGAUCAAGAAGUUUUAUUAAAAGUUAAAACUGAAAUUGAAGAAGAGCUAAAAUCCCUGGACAAAGAAAUUUCUGAAGCCUUUACCAGCACAGGCUUUGACCGUCACACUUCUCCAGUAUUCAGCCCUGCUAACCCAGAAAGCUCAAUAGAAGACUGCUUGGCUCACCUUGGAGAAAAAGUGUCACGGGAAUUGAAAGAGCCUCUACAUAAAGCAUUGCAAAUGCUCCUCAGCCAGCCAGUGACAUAUCAGGCAUAUCGGGAAUGUACACUGGAGACCACAGUUCAUGCCAGCGGCUGGAAUAAGAUUUUGGUGCCUCUUGUUUUGCUACGACAAAUGCUUUUGGAGUUGACAAGACGUGGUCAAGAACCUCUGAGUGCACUGCUGCAGUUUGGUGUGACAUAUCUGGAGGACAAUGCAGCAGAGUAUAUCAUUCAGCAAGGUGGCUGGGGCACUGUCUUUAAUCUUGAGUCAGAGGAGGAGGAAUACCCUGGAAUCAUUGCAGAAGAUAGCAAUGACAUUUAUAUCCUGCCCAGUGACAACUCUGGACAAGUCAGUCCCCCAGAGUCUCCAACUGUGACCACUUCUUGGCAGUCAGAGAGCUUACCUGUCUCACUAUCAGCUAGCCAGAGUUGGCACACAGAAAGCCUACCAGUGUCCUUAGGUCCUGAGUCCUGGCAGCAGAUUGCAAUGGAUCCUGAAGAAGUCAAAAGCUUAGAUAGCAAUGGAGCUGGAGAGAAGAGUGAGAACAACUCUUCUAAUUCUGACAUUGUUCAUGUAGAGAAAGAAGAAAUACCUGAGGGCACAGAAGAGGCUGCUGUAGCUCCUGUGGUCUUGCCAGCUGGGGAGCUGCAAGAGGCAUUCCCUGAAGCCCCAGCUCCCCUGUUUCCACAUAUCACUGCCACUUCCUUGUUGGAGACAAGGGAACCCGACACAGAAAUGGUUGCAGCUGAGCAAGCCAGCCCUGCUACGUCUUUGUUCAUUGAACUUGAUGGAGAAGAGGUGAAAGCAGCAACCAGUGCACCUGUCGCAGUGGAGGAGGAGGUGAUGCCUGUGCUGGAGCCCAUACAAACACUACUGCAUGAGAAAGAGAGUGUCAGAGAGGAGUCCUCCCCUGCUGGAGAAGCGAAGGCCAUCCCACUGCCUGAGGGCCAGUCCAUGCUGCUGUUUGGAGGGGCUGCUGCUGUUGCCAUCCUGGCAGUGGCAGUUGGAGUAGCACUAGCUCUGAGAAAGAAAUAGAUUCUUUGGGAGACAAAGAAGACAAAAAGGAUCUAAGGUUGUAGUUGUAUCGGCUGGAAUUUGAACUGCCAGCAGCUGAUUGGACAUUGUGGAACACUCUGGGAUGAUUGGGGACUUCUGCUCAACAAGGCAGUGGAUAGAUCCACACAUCAGGGCUUGAGGUAGAGGGGUUCACCAUCAUCCGAUCGUAAAUUCCAAGGGCCUUGGCUCAUGCUAGAUUAAUCUUAUGGGUAAAGUACUCCCUAUAGAACAGGGUUUCUCAACCUUGGUAUUAUUGACAUUUUGAUAAUUCUUUGUUGUAGGAGGUUGCCCUGUGUAUUGUAGGAUGUUUAGCAACAUCCCUGGCCUCUACCCACUAGAUGCCAGUAGCACCCCACUCCCAGUGAUGACACCAAAAAUGUCUCCAGACAUUGCCAAAUGUCCCCUGUGGGCAAAAUCAUCCCCUGUUGAGAGCCACUGCUUUAGAGGGAGAGGGCUAAUCUAGGAGAAUCUGGGAUAGAAAUUCCCAACCAAGAGGGCUUAGCUGUGGGUUCCUCAGAGACUGGCUCAUCGCCUGUCCAUCCCUGGGGGUUUCCUCUCUCCUGAUGAGCAGGCUGUGUUCUGGCUCGUCUUCUCCCCCUUCCUGUCCUCUAGUGUGAGGGUGCCCUCCCUCACGUCUCAGCUGCUCAGGUAACUGCACUGCUGCUCGUCACCCCAGGUUCCCUCCGAGGUCCUGCGGGAGAGGGCCUGCUCUGUACUUCUGCUCAGACCCAUCAAGUCGCUGAAGCUUACGACAGCUCUGCCUUGUGAAGAUGCUGCCUUUAGGGAUCUUUUUUAAAAAAAUAAAAAUAACAUAAAGGAGACCUGGGGUUCCCUACUUUAGAGUGCAAGUAACUCUGGAUAGAGAGGCAUUUGUCUUGUUUAGAGGCGGGAGGAUGGCCUAGAUGACCUAUUGAGGUCUUUUCUAGCCUUUUUGUCCAUAGUCACCUACUUUCCUGUGGUUACUAGCCAGCAGCAUCUCUGUUGUUAGAUGCUCACUAACUCCAGUGUGUUUUUUCCAAUAUCUGACCUGUCUUCUUACUGGUCAUCUAGCUCCUCUGUGGACCUCUUGCCAUGUGGUAAGGAUUUUCAUACUUGAGCUUACAGAACCAAUUGGAUCAUAACUCUUAUUAAAUAUAGAAUGUCUUCUAAAUAUUACAGAAAUAAAAAUAGGGGCAGUGAGCUUGAAUCUCAAGACUGAGGCUACCCUCGAGAUUCUAGUUUGGUUUUCAAAAGUUGUUCAAGAACGGAGGCUUCUUCACCAGAACCCUUCACAGCCCAAAUGCCAGGGUGACAAACCAGAAUGAUCCCAAUCAGUGUAUGCUAGUUGAGAACCAGCAGAAUAUUCUUUCAUCUGAACAGUCCCAUCUCUAAAGGAGAGGUGGGACUGGACUGUGUCCUUUCAUGCCGGAGGGUCACAGUGUCACGAUGCAGGCACACAUGCUUGAUAAAAAAGUCAUCUCAGAUUAUCUUAGUAAAUGUAACAAAUUACUUUUUAGAUCCUGAAAUUUAUAAUAAAAAUACUUUACCUACCUGAUCACCAAAACCCAAUGUUUUAAAUGUACUUUCUUUUUGAAAUUUAUUUCUUAAAAUCCUCUCCCUAAAGCAGUACUAUUUAAAAGUUGGUCAAGAAAAGGUCUGAGAGUGUUUUUGUCUGUCUUUUACAUCUUUAUCAUGCAGUAUAUCUUUAUGUUCCGAGUUUUAGGGAAUGAUGAAGGGUUUUGGUGCACCUUGAUUAACAUAGAUAAA